AUGCCAAUAGCACAUAAUUUAAACAAAGUUACUAAGAAUCUUUCAAAAUCAACAGGAUCAAUACAUAUUAAAGGUCGAAAAUUUAAACAAUUAAAUAGAGCAACAUUAAGAGAUAAAAAAUUACAAGCACAAAAAUUAAGAUCAAUAGAACGUAAAUCUAAUGAGUAUGCAAUUGUAAGUUAUUUACAAGAUAUCAUAAAUGAACAAUAUCCAGAUCGUUCAACAUUCAAUUUAAAAGAAAUUAAAAAUUUCAUUGAAAUAUUUAUAAAUCAAGAUAAAGCUGAAAUUGAAAAAUAUGAAUCAGAAAGAAAGAAAAAUCGUCCAAUUUUAAAUAAACAUAAAUUAUUAAUUGAAAAAUUAAAAUAUGACGAAAAAUUAUAUAUUACAGGUUUUAAAGUACCUAAUUUAACUGAUAAAGAUACUGUUAUGUAUUUAAAAAAUUGGAAUGGUACUACUGGUGCAACUACAAUUAUGAAAUUUGUUUAUGUUUCAAAAGAUAUGAAAGAAUUGCCAGAAGAACAAAUAAAAGAUAUUGAAAUGAAAUAA